AUGGUAAAUUAUUAUGGAAAAUUUGUUCCUCACAUCAGUCAACUUUUGAAACCACUUUACGAGGCUGCUCGUAGGGAAGAAUUUUCAUGGACAUCUAAAGAAGAGGAAGUCUUCCAGCAAGUCAAGGCCGAAAUUACUUCGGAACGCUGUUUGGUCCAUUUCAAUCCCGAUUUGCCAAUUAAAUUGGUAUGUGAUGCUUCAAAGGAUGGCGUUGGUGCAGUUUUGUUUCAUGUUUUUCCGAAUGGUCUGGAAAAACCAAUCACAUUCGCCUCAAGAGUUUUAAGAAACUCCGAGAAGAACUACUCUGUUAUACACAAGGAGGCUUUGGCGAUUCAUUGGGGAGUUACCAAAUUUUACCAGUAUUUGGUUGGUAGGAAAUUUUUUCUUUGUUCCGAUCAUAAACCUUUACUUGCUUUGUUUAGUGAAAAUAAAGGAAUUCCACAAAUGGCAGCAGGUAAGCUUCAACGAUGGGCACUGUUUUUAUCGAGUUUUGAUUAUCAAUUUCAAUACUUGAAGGGCAAAGAUAAUGGAGCGGCUGAUGGUCUCUCAAGGUUGCCGAGACAAGUCACAUCCCCAAUUGACGAAUCUGAGGAUUAUUUUAAUUUUCUGGUUGAAGAGAAGUUACCUGUCAGUGCCAAGGAAGUUCGAAUCCAUUUACGAAGAGAUCCUGUUCUUAGCAAGAUACUUACCUAUGUUCGAGAUGGAUGGCCGAAUGAUGUGGAAUCGGAACUCAAGGCUUUUUCUACGAGAGCUCAUGAAUUGGCUAUCGAUAACGAUCUUUUGAUGUGGGGGUACCGUCUGAUUAUUCCUUCAAGUCUCAGACCGCGACUAUUGAAAGAGAUUCAUUCCGGACACAUUGGUAUCGUUAAGAUGAAGUCUCUUGCACGUCAAUAUUUUUGGUGGCCGAAGUUAGACGCUGAAAUUGAGGAUUUUGGAAAAAGAUGUCGUUCGUGCCAAUCAUUAUCGAGGAGUCCCGAGAAAGCGGAAUUGAUUAAGUUCAGAGAAGCUGAAUUUCCAUUUGACAGAGUACACAUUGAUUUUUUAGGACCGUUUCAUAGUAAAAUUUUUUUAUUAUUAAUCGAUGCAUAUUCCAGGUGGCCUGAAGUCAUUGAGAUGAAACACACAGAUUCGGAAGCAACUAUUGAAGUUCUGCGAGAGAUUUUUGCUAGAUUUGGAAUUCCCAACGUGAUGAUUUCUGACAACGGACGACAACUUGUUUCGGAAGAGUUUGAGAAGUUUUGUAAAUUAAAUGGAAUAUUGCAUAAAACUUCAGCACCUUAUCAUCCGGUUACUAAUGGACUUGCUGAGAACGCUGUGGGAAGUUUUAAACUGGGAAUAAGCAAAGCUUUGCAUAAUCAAGAAGUUUCUUCGAGGAAUUUGAAGGUAUCUGUUUCUCGUUAUUUAUUUGCUUACAGAAACACCCCACAUUGUACAACAGGUGAAUCUCCAGCGAAGCGAUUUUUUGGACGAGAAUUGAGGAAUCGAUUAGAUUUAUUGAGAUCAAAGAGAACCGACUUGGCUAACGAGAAUCAAAUAAAAUUUUUCAAAGGACACAGAGACAUUUCUUUUUCCAAAGGCGAAAAUGUUUUUGUUAGAAAUUACAAAAAUCCCAUGAAACCUUCCUGGUCCUCAGCUCAAAUCAAGGAAGUUUUAGGAGAUAGAACUUAUUUGUGCAAUCCAGAAAAUUCCGAUUCAUCUAUUGUUUGGUAG